UCUUGGGCGGCAUUGGAUUUGGCACAUAGCACAGAGCAGAAUAAAAUGGAGAGCAGCCUGUCCAGACUUCUUGUUGGACUCCCUGUGCAAAUCUGUCGAAGUGAUGGUCGUGUGCAUCUGGCGACGGUGAAGUCCGUUGAUACAGUCAAGUCCACGGUUAUGGUCGAAUGGCAUGAGAAGAACACCUGCCGAGGAAAAGAGGUUGGAGUGAGCGAGUUGUGCUCACUUAAUCCAGAGCUUUUGGACCAUGUAAACGCUGCUACCAACAAGUCUCCUGAUCCACCCCUUCCUGCUCCAGACCAGAAGUAUGAGGGUCGACUGCGCUCAUCCAGGAUCCCUGCCCCUGCCUCCUCCUCUGCUCCAACAGUCACCAAUGCUGAAGAGUCAGUUGCCCGGCGGUCUCAGGCCAGGCAGACAUGUAUGUUCCAGGCCCCGGCUCCUGUUCCAGCACCAGUCCCAGUCUCUUCUCAGGCAAACCCGGAGACAGUGCACCCUGAUCUCCCCUCUUCAUCAGUCCUCACAAACUCUGUGAUUCCUAAUCAGCAGCGUAGAAAGAAUAAGACCAAACAAGCUAUUUUGCUUGUGCCUGAGGCGAUAAAGGAAAAUGAUGAACCCGCGAGAAUGCCUCCACAGCCUGCAGUCCAAGGCCGAAGAAAAUCUGUGGUUCCUCAAGAGCUAAACAAAGGCAACAAAAGGCUGUCUUGUGCUGUAAAGCCCACCGACACCCAGACCAAGAAGGGAAAGUUUGGUGACACGUAUCGACCAAACCAGAAGUUCUACGACAUGAUCCAAGAUUUCAGAGAGACCUUGGAAAUAACCCCCAUAUCGACUACUGAGCGUAUCGAACCCCGCAGGAUUUGUGUGUGUGUUCGCAAGCGGCCCCUAAACAAGCAAGAGAUUAAUAAAAAGGAGAUAGAUGUGGUGUCUGUACCUGGAAAAGGUUCUCUGCUUGUUCAUGAGCCCAAACAGAAGGUGGACCUUACCAAGUACUUGGACAACCAAGUCUUCCACUUCGACUACUCCUUUGAUGAGACGGCAACCAACGACCUGGUCUACAUGUUCACAGCCAAACCUUUGGUGCAGUCCAUUUUCGAAGGUGGCAUGGCAACAUGUUUCGCCUAUGGCCAGACAGGAAGCGGGAAGACUCAUACGAUGGGAGGUGAUUUCACAGGGAAGCAGCAGAACAGCGCUAAAGGAAUCUACGCCUUGGCAGCCCAGGAUGUUUUCACCUACCUCAACCACAGGAGGUACACCAACUUGGAUCUCUCUGCCUACGUCAGCUUCUUUGAGAUUUACAACGGAAAAGUGUAUGACCUGCUGAACAAGAAGGCCAAGCUCCGGGUUCUGGAAGAUGACCGGCAGCAGGUUCAGGUUGUGGGCCUGGAGGAGGUCUACGUGUCCACAGCAGAGGAAGUCAUCAAGAUGAUACAGAUGGGCAGUGCAUGCAGAACUUCAGGCCAGACCUCAGCCAACGCCAACUCAUCCCGCUCUCAUGCCAUCCUCCAGAUUGUCCUACGACGCAAUGACCGUGCCACCACGCUGCACGGCAAAUUUUCAUUGGUCGAUUUGGCUGGCAAUGAGCGCGGCACAGAUGUCAGCAGCAAUGACCGCAACACUUUGGUUGAGACUGCCGAGAUCAACCGCAGCCUGCUGGCUCUCAAGGAGUGCAUUCGUUCACUGGGAAAGAACAGUGAUCACAUUCCUUUCCGGAUGAGCACUUUGACCAAGGUCCUCAGGGAUUCCUUUAUUGGAGAAAAGUCCAGGACCUGCAUGAUUGCUAUGGUGUCUCCAAGCAUGGCUUCAUGUGAAUAUACAAUGAACACACUACGUUAUGCUGACAGAGUGAAGGAACUGAAUGGCAGUUCCACAGCCAAUGGAGCAGCUAAGGCACAAGAGCCUAUGGACAGCUCCACAGAGGAGGAAUCAGUCUUGGACACCAGUGUGUAUGAUGCCAUUUCUCAAGUGGCAGAGCUGGAGGAGAAAGCUUAUGAAGAGCUCAAGAGGGUAAAUGAGUUUGUCAAGGCGAUGGAGCAACCCUCCUACAACAUCAAGGCAGAACUUCCCAACCUGGUGGAUGGUUCCCGGAAGAUAUUGGACACGUUACUGGCUUUGCAGUCUGCUGUGGAGCAGGAGAGCCUGACGAUGAUGAAAUACUGAAUGAACCCACCGACUCACCCACUAAGUUUGUGAAUUGAGAAUGUCUCUGUUAAAGCAGUUACCUUUUGAUUUUAUUGCAUUAAUUAAAUAAAUAAAAUGCAUUCAGACAAUAUCUUAUUGUAAAUGUUGCAGUUCUUAUAAGAAACAUCUCCAAAAUCAUCUCCCAAAG